CAUUUCCACAUAAAAAACAACUCUAUAUAUACACACACAUACACACAUUUCCACUCUUCAAUUCAAAUUAUUCCCAAUGGAGAAACCACAAAUUGACAACAACAAAAAAAGCAUGUCCAACAAAAUCAUCGAAAUCGAAUUAGGGCGAAAUGAAGAAGCACUAGCUGAGGCCGAAGACUACUCAAAGAGAGCACAAUGGCUCCGCGCGGCUGUCUUGGGCGCCAACGACGGCCUCCUCUCCACGUCCUCGCUGAUGAUGGGCAUCGGCGCGGUCCGGCGCGACGCCAAGACGAUGCUCCUCACCGGCGCCGCCGGCAUGGUGGCCGGAGCCUGCAGCAUGGCCAUCGGAGAGUUCGUCUCCGUCUACUCGCAGCUCGACAUCGAGGUGGCUCAGAUCAAGAGAGAGCAAAGGGGCCGCGAGGAGAGGAACCUCCCGAGCCCGGUGCAGGCGGCCGGGGCGUCGGCGGCGGCCUUCACGGUGGGGGCGGGGGUUCCUCUGCUCGCGGCCGCGUUUGCGCGGGACUACCGUGUGAGGCUCGGGGCGGUGGUGGCGGCCGUGAGCGUGGCGCUAUUAGGGUUUGGGUGGGCCGGGGCGGCGAUCGGGAGGGCGCCGCCGGUGAGGGCGGCGAUGAGGGUGCUGUUUGGGGGGUGGGUGGCGAUGGGGAUCACUUUUGGUCUUACCAAGUUGAUUGGUUAUAGUGGCGUUUGAUUAAGUUAACUGAAGUUUAUGUUGUUAGUUAUGUGAUGAUUUGAACUCGUGAUUUAUUGGUGUUUUUUUGAGUUAAUAUAAUGAUAUAAGUUUUGCAAGUUUAGACAUUGCUAUAAUGUAAUACUCCCUCUUUUGUUGUUCGAUAAUAGAAGUUUCAUUUUGUCAUUUUAA